AUGUAUUACCAUGUAUCACCAUGUAUUAUCAUGUAUAGCCAUGUACAGCAAUGUAUUACCAUGUACAGCCAUGUAUUACCAUGUAUAGCCAUGUAUAGCCAUGUAUUACCAUGUAUCACCAUGUAUUGCCAUGUAUUACCAUGUAUCACCAUGUAUUACCAUGUAUAGCCAUGUAUAGCCAUGUAUUACCAUGUAUCACCAUGUAUUACCAUGUAUAGCCAUGUAUAGCCAUGUAUAGCCAUGUAAUGUCAUGUAUAGCUAUGUAUUACCAUGUAUCACCAUGUAUUACCAUGUAUAGCCAUGUAUAGCCACAUAUUACCAUGUACAGCCAUGUAUUACCAUGUAUAGCCAUGUAUAGCCAUGUAUUACCAGGUACAGCCAUGCACUACCAUGUAUUGUCAUAAUAUUACCAUGUAUAGCCAUGUAUAGCCAUGUAUUAUCACGUAUCACCAUGUAUUGCCAUGUAUUACCAUGUAUUAUUAAGUAUCACCAUGUAUUGCCAUGUAUUACCAUGUAUUACCAUGUAUAGCCAUGUAUUACCAUGUACAGUCAUGUUCUACCAUGUAUUACCAUGUAUAGCCAUGUAUAGCCAUGUAUUACCAUGUACAGCCAUGUAAUGUCAUGUAUAGCCAUGUAUUACCAUGUAUUACCAUGUAUACCCAUGUAUGCCCAUGUACUGCCAUGUAUAGCCAUGUAUAGCCAUGUAUACCCAUGUAAUACCAUGUAUUGCCAUGUAUAGCCAUGUAUAGCCAUGUAUAGCCAUGUAUAGCCAUGUAUUACCAUGUAAUGCCAUGCAUAGCCAUGUAUAGCCAUGUAUUACCAUGUACAGCGAUAUACUACCAUCUAUUGCCAUGUAUUACCAGGUAUAGCCAUGUAUAGCCAUGUAUUACCAUGUAUCACCAGGUAUAGUCAUGUAUUACCAUGUUUAACCAUGUUUUGCGAUGUAUUGCCAUGUAUAGGCAUGUAUACCCAUGUAAUACCAUGUAUUACCAUGUAUACCCAUGUAUACCCAUGUACUGCCAUGUAUAGCCAUGUAUACCCAUGUAUACCUAUGUAA